AUGGAAGUGAGUGAUGAAAGCGAGAUGCUUAAGGAGAGACAAUAUGAUUUGGGAUCAGAUGAAGCUCUAAAAGAAUCAGAAAUCAAGCAUCCGACAUACUCAUCAGUACUUGAACUGAGCGACGUGCACGACUCACAAAUACUAAUUCCAAAGAAGAAACGUCGCAAACAUGGUAGCAUAAUUGACGAAAUAACUAUGUUUAACAAAGUACAGCUUCAGGCCCAGAUUGAUAACAUUGAUGACUUGCUGCAUACACGCAAUGAAAUGAUUCCUCAAAUAUCAAGACAUAGAGUGGUAACAGUUCAAGAUUUAUUUGACAUCCGUCCAAUGACAUUGCGUGAAUUCUCAAAAAACCGCGAAUCGAAUUUGGAUGCUUGGAUAGCAGCACCGGAAUAUGAUGAACCACCGCUUCAGUAUAAAGAUGCAAUGCAAUUAGAACCGAUGCAAGCGCCACCAAUGCGGGUGUUGCAUGACUAUCCAGUAGGAAGAGAAGUGACAGAUUUUACGUCUCAUAAAGAAAUCAAUCGGCAAGAUCUGGAACGACAGACUGUUACACCAGUAAUGGAGGAUAUUGAACAAGGGCGACGGAACACCACUUCUACGGCACCUUUUGGUAGCAUACAUACCACAGAUCCCUCAUCACAGCUUAGAUCAGAUGGAGGAAUGCCAAUUACCUUGGGCGAAAGUCGACAAUUUGAUGAGAAAAUGAAAAUAUCCGUGGCUACCAUUUUCGAAAGAACUGCUGAAGAGGAUGCAUUAAGAAGGGUAUGA